AUGUUCUACAUAAAUAUCAAGAAGAAAAUUGAUAAGCAUGAAGGUUGGACAGGGAAAAUUGAUAAGCAUGAAGAUUCGACUGAGAAAAUUGAUAAGCAUAAAGAUUCGACUGAGAAAAUUGAUAACCAUAAAGAUGAACUGACGACUUCGUUGACCAAGCUGCGGAUGGCAAUGCAGAUUUUCGAUUCUGAAGGUGAAGAAGUACUGGACAUUAGCUCAUAUCCUGAACUACGAGGUGUUCUAAAGUUGGCAAAAACCUUAAAAGGCCCGGAGCCUACUGGAUCUAAAGAAAGAGGAUUUCGGAAGCUAGCAGAAGCCGUGAAAGAUUUGAUGAAGAUGGGAAUCGAAGUGGGAGAGAGCAUGGAAUUGUCUUAUGGAGUUUCAAAAGAGAAGGGUGAGGAUGCCAUGGCCGUCGACGGUGUUCGUGUCAAUCGGUCAAGCACUAAGGAAGAAGCAGUGAAGAAAUAA